GGCUCCAGUUAUCUGCCUUGCAAAAAAGUGAUGACUGAGACGCGAUAAGAGGCAGACAGCAUCGAGGGACUACAACCGCACAAUCUCAGCCAUAAUAAAGAACUACAAAAAAAGGAAAAAUAUACUGCUAAAAUGACAAUUACGUACACGGGUGAAGUGGCCACUUGUCGCGGCUUUGGCUGCUUUCUCAAAUUGUUGCUCAGAUGGCGCGGAAGCAUUUACAAGCUGGUAUGGCUGGAUCUGUUGGCCUUCCUCACCAUCUAUUAUGUUAUCAAUAUGGUAUAUCGGUUCGCUCUCAAUCCCACCCAGAAGGAGACCUUCGAGGCCAUCGUUCAGUACUGCGAUAGUUAUAGUGAUCUCAUACCCCUCUCCUUCGUGCUGGGCUUCUAUGUGUCCAUUGUGAUGACCCGCUGGUGGAACCAGUACACCUCCAUACCCUGGCCGGAUCCCAUCGCCGUCUUUGUCAGCUCCAAUGUGCACGGCCAGGACGAGCGUGGACGCAUGAUGAGGCGCACCAUCAUGCGAUAUGCCUGCCUUUGCCUGACCAUGGUCCUGGCGAAUGUGUCGCCGCGGGUGAAGAAGCGUUUUCCGGGCCUCGACAAUCUGGUGGAGGCUGGUCUGCUCAACGACAACGAGCGCACCAUCAUCGAGGCCAUGAACAAGUCCUUUCCGCGACCUUCCAAGCACUGGCUGCCGAUUGUCUGGGCCGCCAGCAUCAUCACCCGCGCCCGGAAGGAGGGACGCAUCCGAGAUGACUUCGCCGUGAAGACCAUCAUCGAUGAGCUGAACAAGUUCCGGGGCCAAUGCGGACUCCUGAUCAGCUACGACACGAUCAGUGUGCCCCUGGUCUACACCCAGGUGGUUACACUGGCCGUGUACUCGUACUUUCUUACCUGCUGCAUGGGCCAGCAGUGGAUCGACGGGAAGGUGGUGGGCAACACCAGCUACCUGAACAAGGUGGAUCUGUACUUCCCGGUCUUCACCACGCUGCAGUUCUUCUUCUACAUGGGCUGGCUGAAGGUGGCCGAGUCCCUGAUCAAUCCCUUUGGGGAAGACGAUGAUGACUUCGAGGUCAACUGGAUGGUGGAUCGCAAUCUGCAGGUCUCCUACCUGAUUGUCGACGAGAUGCAUCACGACCAUCCCGAACUGCUCAAGGAUCAGUACUGGGACGAGGUGUUCCCCAACGAGCUGCCCUACACCAUAGCCGCGGAGCGUUUCCGCGAGAAUCAUCCGGAGCCGUCCACUGCCAAGAUCGAGGUGCCCAAGAGCGCGGCCAUGCCCUCGACGAUGUCCUCCGUGCGCAUCGAUGAAAUGGUUGGUAAUGAUACUGCCGCCCCCACUGCCGUUGCCCCAAUCAACACCAUGCCGCCCGUCGCCGAACAGGCGGAGGGCGUGCCCCUGCAGGCAGUAACCUAUGACUUUCCCAAGGGCUCGCCAGAUGAGGAGGCCGAUGAUGCCAGCGGGAUACACUUCUCGGCAGGCAAUGGAAAAAUGCGCCUGGGCUUCCCGUCGCUGGUCAGCGUGUCGGGGACGUUGUCACGCGUGAAUACCGUGGCCUCGGCCCUCAAGAGGUUCCUCAGUCGCGACGACAGUCGACCGGGAUCGGCCACGCCCAGCGAUGAUCAGAAACCGUACAAGUUCCCGGCCAGCGCCAGUUCGGCCAGUCUCACGGCUGGAAACGUGGGAUCGGCCACCUCGGCCGGCAAGCCAGCGGGUAGCCUGCGCAUCACCCAGCAGGUCAUCGAGGAGGUGGACGAGCAGGCCACCAUCACCUCCAUGCGCGCCAACGAGCCGCGACCCAAUGUCAUGGAUAUCUUUGGCCCAGGAACGGCAGGAGGAGUCGCUGCCGCAAUGCAGCCGCCACCUCCGGCUCAUUCACAGCCGGUGGACAUUCCGGCACGUCCGCUGGAGUACAAUCGCGCCCACUCGCAGUACGAGCCCAGCCUGUUCCCGCCCGGUGGCGUAGAUGCUCUGCUGAGCACGUCGGCACCAGCCGGAGGCAGUCCCUCUCUGCUGUCGAACGCCGCCACGGCCCCCAGCUCCCCGGUGGGGGACAGCAGCAAGUCGCUGUAUGACCCACAGAAGGCCGCCAGUCGGGAGACGGAGAGGCCCGAUGCACCGCAGGUUUUUAGGUGGUUCAUCACGAACGUGGAGAACAUGGACCUCAAGUCCUCCAGUGAUAUGCUGGCCGGUAGUGCCGCUGCCGAGCCCGAGGACGAGGGAGACGACUUCGAGAAACUGAAGGCCGCCCGCGAAAAGGAGAAGCUGGUGCGACAGCAAAAGAAUCUGGCCCGAACCAUCAGCACGGCCCCGGGCGUAGAUGCCGCCGCUGUGGUCCAGGCCCAGGCCCAGGCGAUGGCUGCCCAGGCGAAUGCCGUACUCACGGCCGUGGCCUCAAGUGCCGAUCUACUCGCCGGCGCGGAUCUUGUGCCCAGCUCCACAAUGAAGUCGGAUAAUGCCGCGUAGAACGGCAGCUGGAGCGACGCCUAG